AUGGAUUUUCGUUAUCCUUUCUCUCAUAUUUCCUACAUGAGAGAAAUUGGCAUCAAUGUGUACCUGAGGUGCACUGGUGGCGAAGUCGAUGCCACGUCUGCCCUGGCCCCGAAGAUCGGCCCGCUGGGUCUGUCUCCAAAAAAGGUUGGUGAUGACAUCGCCAAGGCAACCGGUGAUUGGAAGGGCCUAAGGAUUAUGGUGAAACUGACCAUUCAGAACAGACAGGCCCAGAUUGAAGUGGUACCUUCUGCCUCUGCCCUGAUUAUCAAAGCCCUCAAGGAACCACCAAGAGACAGAAAGAAGCAGAAAAACAUUAAGCACAGUGGAAAUAUCACUUUUGAUGAGAUUGUCAAUAUUGCCCAACAGAUGCGACACCGAUCUUUAGCUAGAGAACUCUCUGGAACCAUUAAAGAAAUCCUGGGGACUGCCCAGGCUGUGGGCUGCAAUGUCGACGGCCGCCACCCUCAUGACAUCAUAGAUGACAUCAACAGUGGUGCGGUGGAAUGCCCAGCUAGUUAACUACAAAGGAAAAUGUUUCAAUAAAGGAUCAUUUGACAACCAGUG